AUGGGGGUGUAUGGGGAGCUGGGGGAGUGUAUGGGGGAGGAGCGCUGGGGGAGUAUAGAAGUGUAUGAGGCGCUGCUGGGGGAGUGUAUGGGGAGUGCUGGGGGGAGGUAUGGAGGGGAGGGCCUGGGGAGUGUAUGGAGGAGCGCUGGGGGAGUGUAUGGGGGCAUGGGGAGCGCUGAUGGGGAGUGCUGGGGGGAGUGUAUGGGGAGCGCUGGGGGGAUGUGUAUGGGGGAGUGUAUGGGGAGCGCUGGGGAGCCACUGGGGGGUGUAUGGGGAGCGCUGGGGGGAGUGUAUGGGGGAGUGUAUGUGGGGAGCGCUGGGGGGAGUGGGGAUAUGGGGAGUGUGGGAGGUAUGGGGGGAGCUGGGGAGUGUCUGGGGGAGUGUAUGGGGGGGAUGGGGAGCGCUGGGGGAGUGUAUGGGGGAGUGUAUGGGGAGCGCUGGGGGAGUGUAUGGGGAGUGUAUGGGGAGCGCUGGGGAGUGUAG